AUGGUGCCAAUUACCAGGACCAUGGUCAACCAUGGUCUCUGGGCCAUGGUCGACCAUGGUAAGACCAUGGUCAACCAUGGUUAUUUGCAAAUCAUUUCGCCUGGGUCGCAGAUAAUGAAUGUCCAUCUUUUGAGACAUUUAGCAUCAACAGUGAAGCAGUUUGGACCACUAUAUGGCUUCUCUUGCUAUGGAUUUGAAUCCAUGAAUAGCUAUCUGAAAAGUAUGGUACAUGGUACAGGUCAUGUAAAUAGUCAGGUCUGUUUUGCUGUCGGAAUGUCUAAGCAGAUUUCCAAUCUGAUACAGCAAUAUAUUCAUGGGAACAUUGAUGACACCAUUAAGUCUCUUGCAGAAUCACUUGGUUCAAAACUUAUUAAAGAAGAUAGAACUGUUAAAGGAAGAGUGACAGCACUAGGGCAGAGGAGACCACUUAACCCAGCUUCAAGCUACUACAAUGCAGUAUAUGCAGAUAUUCGUGCCAGCAACCCCUCUGUAUUCCUUCGACUUUAGAAUGGCGAGGAAGUAUUGUACUCAAAGGAAUACCAAAACAGGAAAACCAGGAACUCUUACACAAUUUGCUUUAUCAACAACCAAGAGGAAACGUAUGGUUCCAUUGUCACAUUCAUCUGCACGUCAAAGAAUUAUGUUGUUGUUGAGAAAUUCCACACUGCAGAAUUCAAACUGACCCAGGAGGACAAAGGAGCUAUCACCAACACACAAAUGUCGGAAUUCAAUAGACUUUGUGAACAUAUUAUGAUAGUGU